UGUUUUAUUGUUAGGAGAGCCUUCCUGGAGCUCCUUCACCAGGCUUUUCUCACUAAGGAAGAUCAGGGCAGCCAGAACAAGGAGGCAGAAGUGUGGCGAGUCCUUUGCCCCUCCUGAGCUGUACCAUGCCGGGAUGUGAUCUCUGCCUCUUCUUCUGUCCCUGUGGGGUGUUUUUGGUGAUCCAGAAGAGAGGACUGAAAUGCAUGCACGCUCCUGGGGAGCGAUGCCAAGGUGAAGAGUGGAGCUACAGUUUUUGCUGUUGAGUGGAGAAUGGGGAAAACACGUGCCUUAGUGCUAUAUUCUGCUCAGCCGUUACAUGCUUCUCUGAGCUGCUGCUGCAAGGUGCCACUUUCUGCUGCUUUUCUGCCCUUUGUUUUCUUUGGCAGCUCCCUAAGUGCUGUAUCAAAACAGCUUCAGGGGAGCUGUGCUGGCACGGUGACCUACCUCCAUACUGGUGCUGGGUUAAAUGCAGCGAGAAGAAACCUGGACGGAAAUCGGAUUGAAAUUGUUUAGCCUCCCACGAAAACCAGUGAGGAGGGGGACAGGAGCGAUUUCAGAAAGGUCUGUUUGGAACUGAGACCAGUAGCUGGCUUGAAAGAAAAUGAAAAAGGAGUGUGUUUCAAGACCUUUCAAACUCAAACAAAACCCAGGCUCCCUCUCGCGUGCUGUAAGCUGGAUAAAUUUCUCCUCCUUGUCAAGGCAGACAAAGAGAUUGUUUCGCAGCGAUGGUGAACUCUCCUCCAUGUGCAUGCAGCAGGUAGACGAGGAUGAUGAGAACUGGAUCUACAGGAGCCAGCAGAGAAAAGCUGUUUCCAACCUAGAUGAAGAGAGUAGAUGGACUGUGCACUACACUGCUCCAUGGCACCAGCAGGAAAAUGUCUUCCUGCCCUCCUCAAGACCCCCUUGUGUGGAGGACCUCCACCGACAAGCCAAACUGAACCUCAAAUCAGUGCUGAGAGAGUGUGAUAAGUUGCGUCGGGAUGGCUACCGGAGCUCACAGUAUUACUCUCAGGGCCCCACCUUCUCCUCAUCCUCCAGUGCAAUCUGUGGAAGUUACCAGGAUGAUUAUGAAGAAAUUGAACAAAAGUGUCCCGUCUCUUCCCCAGAAGAAGAAAAGCUUAUUACCAUCAAAAGGCCUAAAACUCCAGUUUCAGAUGACUUAUCAGAUAUCAACACCCAAACCAACUGGACUAAGUCACUCCCGCUGCCAACGCCAGAAGAGAAAAUGCGACAACAAGCACAGGCAGUCCAAACAGACGUGGUUCCUAUUAAUGUGACUGGGGAGAAUUUCGACCGCCAAGCCAGCAUUCGGCGGUCUCUAAUUUACACAGACACGGUGGUAAGACGGCCGAAGAAAGUCAAAAGGAGAAAGACUAUUACAGGAAUCCCUGACAACAUACAAAAGGAGCUAGCAGUUGGCACUGGCCAAAGUGAUUUCCGAGGGCAUUCGAUGUAUGUCCCAGAUCACUGUUCCACGCUAGGGAGACUAGAGAGCUAUCGCUCUGCUAUGCAGCGCUCUGAAACUAAGGACACCAGCUGCCAGACGGAGGAAGUUAAAGUUGUGCCCCCUUCAAUGAGAAGAAUACGAGCGCAGAAAGGACAAGGCAUUGCAGCCCAGAUGUCUCAGUUCUCCAGCUCAUCUGGAAACAUGUCAGUGAUGAGUGAUUCUGCUGCAGUUAUAUUUGCUUCUCGGCAAAAUAGUGACAUAGGUUUUCACAGCUUGCCUCGGGCUGGUGCAAGAGUGUCUCUGCAGUCCCUAGAGCAGACACAGAGCUUCUCUAGGCAGACAGAAGACAUUGCUGGCUCUUUACCCUACCAGAUAAGCAAAUUGCAAGUGGAUGAUAGUGUUGUGCAUCUGAGGAAUAAUUCCACGACAGGGACCCUAUCGAGGCCAAAGUCUCAAGAGGUGAGAAGCUAUGAUAGUGAAAAGUCUUCAAGCCCAGCAUGUGUGGUCUCUCCUCAUGCCACAUACUCAACGAGCAUCAUACCCAAUGCAACAUUGUCAUCCUCUUCAGAAGUUAUAGUUAUUCAUGCUGCCCAGAGUGUUGGAUCAUUGGACAAUAAAAUUACCAGCUCCACUUCCUACCCAAAGCCAAGAGACAAUCCUGUUGCCAACAGUGCAGUAAGUGGGAAAGAAGAUCACCAUUCUUCAAGCGGUAACUGGAGUGAGAGUAGCUCCACCCGUCACUCACAGACGUCAGAUACCAUCCCAUCUAAUGCUGUCAUGAUGCUUUCUCUUGGUGACUCUGCUGUCUCUCUUAGCACUCCUGGAAAUGCAGAGGCUGCGUCUCAGAGCAUGGGCUACAGCUGUAGGAACAAUCUCACUUUACCAAACCCUUCCCAGGACAGUGACGGUAGGAGUGAUUCUAGCUGUUCAGGAGAGCGAGCACAAGCGGCAGUGAACAGCACAGAGCAUUGGCUGUACAAGUCUGCAGAAAACAGUGAGACUCCUUCACACAAGGUGGUUUGUACCACAUCGGGUUGUGCCACUCCUGGUAGCAACAUGAGCAGCAGCAGCCUGGAGAGGACUUCUGUCAGAGAUGAUUCUACUUCUCUGUACUCUGUGGACCAUGAUGGUUAUUAUGGUUCUGCGCAUAUGGACUCUGGACUGAAGUCGGAUGUGUCUUGUGAUAGUACUAAUGGUUUUGGGAACUCCAGAGACAGUGUGAUAAAUGUCUUUGAAGGAAAGGAGAAGAAACAUCAGGAUGAUCAGUCAGGCCAAGGUGAAAAAUCCCUUGUAAGAAACAUCUCUCUGAAAAAGGCAAAGAAGCCGCCUUUGCCACCAUCCAGAACAGACUCACUCAGAAGGAUGCCCAAGAAAAAAGCCCAGUCAAAUGGACAGGUACUUGAUGAAACCCUCAUUGCCACCCUUCAGCAUUCUCUGCAGUUGAAUCUCAAAUGCAAAAAUGGCAGCUCCCCUUCCCAGAGUCCCUGCAGUGAUUAUGAGGAUCCCUGGGUGUUGCGCUCCCGCAGCCAAAGCUCAGUCAGCGCAAGCAGCAGCAUGAUAUCCACCACUGCUCCAAACCUCUACUCCAUCUGCACAGUCACUCCCUCUCAGAGUGAAACAAGUAGCAUCAAGUCAGAGUAUGCAGACCAGUGGGGUUACUACAGCGACUAUGCAGCUGUGGCAGAUGAUCAGGUAAAAUCCCCAGUGACCCAUUCUGUCAGUACAUCAUCUGCUCUCAGUGAUUACAGCAUCAGCCACUUCAGUGAUGGCUCAAGGGCUUCUGUGCCACAAGUGCCCAGUGGACUGGCCAAACCAAAGAGCACUUCUCCGGAGAAAUCCCACCGAGUCACUUCGCCAUCAAGUGGGUACUCCAGCCAGUCCAAUACACCCACUGCACUUACUCCAGUGCCUGUAAUUUUAAAAUCUGCAUCAUCAGGAAAUGGAAAAUCCAAGCUGAAGCCUAAAGUGCCUGAAAGGAAAUCCUCUCUUCUGUCUUCGCUCUCCAUGUCUUCCUCUUCCACUUCUCUUUCUUCAAAUACAUCUACUGAAGGCAGCGUGAGUGUGAAGAAACUGGACUCCACCCUGAGCUCUGCUCCGGAUUCUGGUGCUCCCCUUCUGCCACCUUUUCUUUCAACACCUCCUCCACAUUGCCCUGAAGUUUCUCCUCCGCCUCCUCCUCCUCCAGCAGAAGUCAUGGAUCUGUCACCACUGCCAGCCUCUCCCACGUUUCCCCCUCCUCCACCAGAAGCUAAUGCAAAUUCUUCCUUCGCCCAGACUGUCCCAUGGUUUCCACAAGAAGCCUCCAUCAGUUCAUUCUCUUCCCCUUGUCCUCCUCCUUCCACUUUCCCCUUAGCUGUCCCGCCACCAGCACCACCUCUUGAUCCCAAACUAACAAAAGGUGCAACAAUAUGCCCACAGUAUUCUUUUAAGAAACGUAACCAGGAAGAGUCUUGCUACAGUCCAGUGAAACAGCCACUCAACAAGCAAGAUCCAUCGAGACCUGUGAUGCCCUUAGUAACUACCAAAGCAUUGCAAAUGGUGCAGCUGAGAUCUGUGAAAAAAGCAACCGAAGGUGAACCAUCACCUGAAUCUGCUUCUGAAACUGCCUCUCAGGAAAAGGGUGCUGUAAGCUCAUCAUCUCAGUCUUCCCUAAAGCCAUCUCUCUCACUAAGGCUCAGCAGCAGCUUAGGUGAAGAGGAAAUGAAAACUCAAGGCACUUCAUUUAAAAACUCAGUUCAAACACUGGCUCGGGGUUCUCCUGUCGUUCUGUCCGAUAAUGUACCUGCACUUGACAGGGAUGAAAAGCCUACGAGUGCCAUGGGUCUAAACAAGUCUUUUGAAGCUGAUGCACCGGGGACAACUGGUGAAGACAUACCUGAGCCUUCAGUGCAGAGUGAAGACCUCCAUUCUGGCAUGUCACUUCAGGGGUCACCAGCAUCUCCCGACAAGACUCAGGUCAUACUGCCAAGCAAGAAACCACCUCCUAUUUCAAAGAAACCCAAACUGUUCCUUGUUGUACCACCUCCACAGUUAGAUCUUACAGUGGAGAAAAAAGCUGAAGUGAGUGAUACUGUCAGAAGCACAUCAAGCCCAACUAAGAGAGACGCUGUGCUUGCACACUGCGAGGAGGCGAGAAAUUGUCUUACAGAUGGACUCAGUUCUAGCGAGAUGGACUCUGGCAGCCUGGUUCCUGAGGGAGGAGCUGCUGGAUUCACCUUCUCAGAGACAGUGGGAGCUAAUGCCUUUGUGGUACAGCCUGCUGCAUCACCAGUUCAAGAAGAACCCAGGCAGGAGGAGCAGUCUGCUUUUGAAGAAGGAAGCAGUUCAGGCAGCAGCCAAGACAGCGGCAGUAACACUGACGGGCACCUAUCUCAAGAGAACGAAACUGUGGAGGUGUUCGAAUCGGAUACAGUGCAUAGUUCAUUCCUGCCAAGCAAUAGUUAUGGGGAAGAGGCAGAUGGAGUGGCAACACCAGCGAGACCAAGGACUACCGAAGAUCUUUUUGCAGCCAUUCACAGAUCCAAAAGGAAAGUCCUUGGCCGUAAAGACUCAGAAGACGACCGUACCCGCAACCAUUCUCCGUCGCCCCCCGUAACUCCCACUGGUGCUUCCCCCACCUUAACUACCCUUAAACAAGCCGGAUCCAUCCAGAGGAGCGUUCGCAAGAGCAGCACCAGCAAUGACAACUUCAAAGCCCUGCUGCUGAAGAAAGGGAGCCGCUGUGACACCAGCUCCCGCAUGUCCGCAGCAGAGAUGUUGAAGAACACGGACCCGCGGUUCCACCGGACAAGAACAGAUGUGUCCCCGGACGUUUCUGACAGCCCUGCCAGCUGCUCACCCAGCAAGAGCAAACGGGCCCAGGAAGAGUGGGCCAAGAGUGAGGGUCUGAUGCCAAGGAGCAUGUCCUUCUCUGGUACUAGGUACGGCCGGUCCCGGACACCCCCCUCUGCUGCCAGCAGCAAGUACAAUGUCCGCAACCGCAUCCAGAGCAGCCCCAUGACCGUCAUUAGUGAAGGAGAUGGGGAGGUGGUGGAACAGUCAGAGGGCAGGGUCCGACGGACUUUGGAAGAGCAGCAAGAGAGACAGCUUGAUAUGUUUAACAGUGAUGAAGUGGAUGUGAAUGACUUCCCGUAUGCUGAGGAGGCAGGCUGCAAGGAGACCUUGGAUCCAACCCAUCUAGACUUACUGACUGAACCAGGUACUUCAAGGAAGUAUCUAAGCCCUUCAGCUGAAUGAAAGUUGUAAGACAGUGGUGACAAAAGGCAUUGGAUAUUAGUCUAGAAAAUGACAGAGGACUAGAUUCCAGAAGAAAGUCCAGACCAGGACAAGUUUACUUUGCUGAGCAUUUAAUCCAUGAACUGCAUGUGUGUGUUUAAAUGCUAAAGCAAUGAUAGUUCUGCAUGGUUGGGUUGGGGUGGGGAGGACUUGGGUUGAAUGAGUGGUCUGUGGCUUAAAGAAGGUUAACAGUUGAAUUUUGGUUUUUUAGUGUAAAGCCUUAGAAGUCCUCUUGGCGGGGGGGAGGGGGGGGCCAGUUUUCACAGAACCUGUAGGGGUGUGAAGUUUUUCUUUUUCUUGACUGCAAUUGCGCAAGCAACAUUUAGGAAUAAGCCUGAAAAAGAGGAAUGGGAGGGCUCCUGUGGUACAAGCUGGAUGUUUGCUUCAAAAGCAUUGUAGUGGUGCAGCGUAGUGCAUUUGUUAAGCAGGGAGAGGCACAAAGAGGCCCAUUCACCUAUGAGAAGGGAGUAGGGUUGGUGCUGCGGUGUUACAUGGCUUAUUACUGGGGUAUGUAUACCCCCAGUGUUCAGUGGAGCGUGUCCUGCUAAAGCAGUUAGUGCACCAAGUUACGAAUUGGUCCAGGGGUACCUCUAUUUUUGGUUUUUCCUGAGGGAAAAUUAAAUACGUAGUUAACAUGGAAAAGGGAGCUGAGUUUUAUAACACCCCACUAGCUGCUAUGCAGCCACACACACACACGCUUGGAGAAGCACUCAUUUCCAAGUGAAUUGCUUCCUUGACUGGAGUAUUCCCUUAGAGAACUGGAACAACUGGAUGUGUGGGGAGGAUGCGAGCAGACAGCAGAAAGGUGGGAGAGGAAUUAUGCAGUGUACUGCUAGAGUUUGGAAGGGUGACGUUUCUGAAUUAGAAAGGAAAAUUUGACUUUGAGAACUUGCACUACAGAGCUGCAGGUGGAGCCUGUCUUUCAGAACUAAAAUGGGAGCUGUGUUUUGCCAGAAGUCUGUCUUCCAUUGGUCAAAAUGGGAAGAUUUAUUACUUUUCAUCACUUGAAAUACAGAUACUUGCUAACUUUUGGUUACCAAAGAAUAAGUUACGGUUACUUUCCUCUUUGAUUUGCCUGCAGUAUUUCUCUUCUUUUUUAACCUGAAUAAUUUAGUGAGGUUCAGUUUUAUUGUAUAUUUUACAGAUAAUAAAAACACGUAACGGUUUUCCAAUUGCAAAGAAGACCAUUAAUUAAAACUGAAAUAUUGGCUGGAGUUUUUGGUUCUUAGUAGCAAUGAAGCUUUUAAUUUUUAAGGAGAAUUUUGCAUCAUUUGAUGGCGUGCGCAGUUUUUGUAUUGUUUGUAAAUACUGAAAGUUGUUAAAAUAUCUUUUGAUCUCCGUACUGUAGAAUUUAUACAUUUUUAGAUUGCUUUUAAGAAGAAAAAGCACUCUUUGUAGAUUAUUUAUUUUAGAGAAAUAUGCUUGUAAUCUCUUUCUUCAAUCCUUCUACUUGUUAGUAAUGUAAAUUUCAGGGGCCUUUGUUUAACUCUUCCCUUCCCAGGAGGGGAAUAGUGAUGAAAAUGCUGUGACUUUGCUUCAAUAAAGAAAAAGGCUGCCAGUU